CCUGUAGGCGGACCAGCGCGAGGCUGGGCAGCGGCAGGCAGCAUCGUCCAAGCCGACAUCAGAUGCAGACAACAACAGUGUCAGAUCGAGAGGGAGUCGCAUUCGUGUUCUCCGCUGGCGAUGGAUGUCAUUUAAAGGGUGGAAACAACAGCGCGCCGCACUAUACCUCUAAAUUUCAGCCCCAUGAAGGAGCUCCGUCCCGGCUGAGUUCGGGAGAUGGGAGUACUCAACAUUGCAGACCAGCCUCCUCUGGUCCAGGCCAUCUUCAACCGUAAUGCUGACGAAGUACAACUAUUAUUGCACAAAAAGGAGGAUGUCAAUGCACUGGACCAAGAGCGCCGUACGCCUCUUCAUGCUGCUGCAUGCAUGGGUGAUGUUCAUAUCAUGGACCUCCUCAUUGAAUCAGGUGCCAAUGUGAACGCAAAAGACCAUGUAUGGCUCACCCCCUUGCACAGGGCAGCUGCUUCUAGGAAUGAAAGGACAGUGGGUCUGCUGCUGAGGCGCGGUGCGGAUGCCAACGCCCGAGACAAGUUCUGGCAAACGGCGCUGCACGUGGCGGCCGCCAACCGGGCCACGCGAUGCGCCGAGGCCUUGCUGAGCCAGCUGAGCAACCUGAACAUGGCGGAUCGCACCGGCAGAACUGCACUGCACCAUGCCGCUCAGAGUGGGUUCCAGGAGAUGGUGAAGCUGCUGUUGAAUAAGGGAGCCAACCUGAGUGCCAUCGAUAAGAAGGAGCGACAGCCCAUCCACUCUGCUGCUUACUUGGGCCAUGUGGAAGUUGUGAAGCUGCUGGUGUCGCGUGGGGCAGACAAGAGCAGCAAGGAUAAGCAGGGCUACACGCCUCUCCAUGCUGCCGCCGCGAGUGGCUACAUUGAAAUUGUAAAAUACCUGCUGAGGAUGGGGGCAGAGAUUGACGAGCCCAACACAUUUGGGAACACGGCGCUCCACAUGGCGUGCUAUAUGGGGCAGGAGGCAGUGGCCACCGAGUUGGUCAACCACGGGGCCAACGUGAAUCAGCCCAACAGGUGUGGCUACACACCUCUGCACCUGGCCGCUGUCUCCACUAAUGGUGCCCUCUGUCUGGAAUUGUUGGUCAACAACGGGGCAGAUGUCAACCAGCAAAGCAAAGAAGGGAAGAGUCCCCUGCACAUGGCAGCCAUUCAUGGACGUUUCACCCGCUCUCAGAUCCUCAUCCAGAACGGUGGCGAAAUCGAUUGUGUGGAUAGAUAUGGCAAUACUCCUCUCCAUGUCGCUGCUAAGUUUGGCCACGAACUGCUGAUCAGCACUCUAAUGACCAACGGAGCAGACACGGCCAGACGUGGGAUCCAUGGAAUGUUCGCCUUGCACUUAGCUGUGCUUUACGGGUUUUCAGACUGUUGUCGCAAGUUACUCUCCUCAGGUCAGCUGUACAGCAUCGUCUCCUCCAUGAGUAAGGAGCACGUGCUGUCGGCAGGGUUUGACAUUAACACCCCUGACAACUUUGGUAGGACCUGUCUACACGCCGCUGCCUCUGGAGGAAAUGUUGAAUGUCUGAACUUGCUCUUAAGUAGUGGCACGGACUUGAACAGGAGGGACCUAAUGGGAAGGACACCAUUACACUAUGCGGCUGCUAAUGGGAGGUAUCAGUGCACUGUGACCCUGGUGAGCGCUGGUGCUGAGAUCAAUGAGCCUGACCAAACAGGCUGCACCCCCCUGCACUACUCUGCAGCCUCACAAGCCUUCAGCAGAGGUGAUGGACAUUUUUAUGGAAAUCAUCAGCAUGAUGAAGAAGAGGUGAAGGAGUCAUACUUUUGCUUGGAGCAUCUUCUGGAUAAUGGUGCUGAUCCCUCGAUGGUCAACGCUAAGGGUUACAGCGCUGUCCACUAUGCAGCUUAUCAUGGCAACACACAGAACCUGGAACUGCUUCUGGAGAUGUCCUUUAAUGCACUUGGCGACAUAGAGAGCAGUAUUCCGGUCAGCCCCCUGCAUCUCGCUGCUGACAGGGGACACUGGCAGGCGCUGCGUGUGCUGACUGAGACGGCUGCCUAUGUGGAUAUGCAAGAUGCUGCUGGCCGCUCUGUGCUCUACCUGGCUGCCCAGAAAGGCUACGCCCACUGCGUGGAGGUGCUCUUGGCCCAGGGAGCAUCAUGUCUCCUUAAUGACAACCGCCUCAUUUGGACCCCGAUUCAUGUUGCAGCUGCUCACGGUCACUCCGAUUGCCUGCACAAGAUGAUCGAAUGUGGGGAGGAGGGCGACCUCAUCAACGUUGCGGACAAGUUUGGCCAGACACCGCUAAUGCUCGCCGUUCUCGGGGGUCACACUGACUGCGUCCGCUUCCUACUGGCAAAGGAGGCCGUUCCAGAUGCCAAGGAUAAGAGAGGCAGCACGGCAUUGCACAGAGGGGCGUUGCUGGGCCACGAUUUGUGUGUGGCAACCCUGCUGGAGCACAAAGCUUCUGCGCUGUGUCGGGACUCCCUCGGUCGGACGCCGCUGCACUACGCCGCCUCCAGGGGCCACACUGAGAUCUUGGCCAAUUUGUUGCAGGCCGCCACAGCAGCAACUGAGCUGCAAGACAAACUGCUGGACAACAAACAAUACACCCCGCUCCAUUGGGCUGCGUACAAAGGGCAUGAAGACUGUUUGGAGGUUUUACUUGAAUUCAAAACAUUUAUUCAUGAAGAGGGGAACCCUUUCACUCCACUGCACUGUGCUCUAAUGAAUGGCCACAGCGGUGCUGCAGAACGCCUUCUUGAAUGUGCCGGAGUCCACAUGAUAAACACCAGAGAUGCCAAAGGAAGGACCCCGCUGCAUGCUGCUGCUUUUGCCGAGGACGUCGCAGGACUCCAGCUGGUUCUUCGUCAUGGAACUGAGAUCAAUGCGGUGGACAGCUCUGGACGUUCUGCCCUUAUGGUGGCUGCUGAUAAGGGACACAGUGGAACAGUGGCCAUCCUCCUUCACCGGACGAAGGCUGACCUCACACUGCUGGAUGAGAAUAGGAACACUGCCCUGCACCUGGCCUGCAGCAAGGCUCAUGAGAUGUGCGCCCUGCUGAUUCUGGGAGAGAUCCACAGUCCUACUCUUGUAAAUGCUACCAACAGUGCUCUGCAAAUGCCCCUCCAUCUCGCCGCUCGUAAUGGCCUGGCCACAGUGGUGCAGGCGCUGUUGAGCAGAGGAGCCACUGUUCUGGCUGUGGAUGAGGAAGGCCACACCCCAGCUCUGGCGUGCGCGCCCAACAAAGACGUGGCUGACUGCCUGGCUCUGAUCCUCUCUACCAUGAAGCCUUUCCCCAAACUUGACCCAUCCUCUUGCUCGUGCUCCUCCCCUGGCGUCUCCCCGUCGCCAGGCCUCAACUUGCUCAAGCACUGCGGCAUCACGGCCGCCUGCGCCCCCCUGCCGAGCAACGGCCUCCACAAUGGCUACGUCAAAGACCGCCACGGCGCACCAGUUGGCCUGGACGGCUGUCUGUCCGAGUGAGGGAUGACUCCGCCAGGCUCGGUCAUGCUGCUGUCACCGUCAUCUACCACCAGGCGGGGUCUCCCUUUACCAUGGCCAAGAGGACCAGGAGAGGACCCGCCUACAUAUCUAUUCUGUGUAUGUAUGUCCGUAUGUGUCUGUGUGUGCGUGAGUGUUUGAUCUUCUCUUGAGGUGCAGUCAAACCUAAUAUGCAAUUAGAACCCCAUUCCUCCAUCCCAGAGUAGUGCUUACUACAUAGAGGCUUGUUGCUCUACAAGGCCACGCCGAUCAAGUGUGACGUCCAAACCAAUGUAAUCUGGCCACACGAAAGUCAUUGAACCCUUUAAAAGCAUCAGCUAUGCUGUGUAACCGGAACCGGUCUCACCGUCAUAUCGUUGAGUGAAGUCAUAUCACUUUGGUGACCUUGUAGAGGAACUUUCAGCCGUCCCAAAAGAAUGAUCAAAGAGUUUCCUUUCAAAAUGUUGUUUUUUUGUUUUGUUUUGUUUUUUUAAUUGUACCUUAGCCUAGAUUGAAAUUUUUAUUUUAAUGAAGGAACCACACAAGGGAGAGAAAAAAAAAUCAAAUUAGCUGAAAAGUGCAAUGCUUGUGUACUACAAUACAAUCCGAAAAGGGUCACAAAGAUUCUGUGGUGUACUUUUAAAUGGCUCCUAACUUUUUUGGCAUUGGAAAAUAAUUGACGCUGCUGAAUAUAUGAAGGCGCCUCCUUGCAAAGGAGCGCCGCGCCGUCAUCGGCCCUGAAUGCCGAUGCUGAUAUUUUCAAGAUGCUAACUAAGUGUUUGUUAGGCUAGAAUGUUUCUAAGCAUAUGUUAUGACCAAAGUUGAUCAACACUACUAUGGCUAUAAAAUUAUUUAUUUGAGAUGAACUGUACUGUACAGAGAGAGAGAGAGAGACAAUAGAUCUUGAUAUACCUCGUCAACUCGUUUAGCAGCUGCUUCAUCUUCACCCAAGGUCUGUCGGCCUGACGUUUGUUUUGUUUUUUUUUUUUUUUGGUCGGGAGAACUACCGUAGGAUGUAGUGAAGUGACCAAGGCCUUGUUGAUUUCUUAGAUGAAGGCUUUACAAGUAAUAUCUGCCAACAACACCUCAUCAGAGCAUCAUAUAUCUGAGCACAUAAAUGAACAAGCCAUUUCAAUUUCGUUCCCAUCUCUUGAACAGUGUUUGUGCAAAGAUUUCGGAGUUAGCGUGGCCUAAGCGAUAGUUCAGUGUGGCGUUUAGGCCUUUUUUUGUGUGUUUGUGUGUUUGUGUGUGUGUGUGUGUGUGUGUGUGUGUGUGUGUGUGUGUGUGUGUGUGUCCAUCAAUGUUGAAGGAUUAUUUGUUGAGCUCGUCUUAAUAGCUUCUUUCUCUUGGUGGUCGUCAAUUUGAAGCAUAUUGUCGGCUUAUUUCACUGCCUCCAUUCGUUGUUGUUGUUGUUGUUAUUAUUAUUAUUAUUAUUAUCUGGCAACUUAUGAGCAAUAGUUUUCUUUUGGCCUUUUUUUUUUGUUUUAUUGAAUAGACAAUCACUGUCACAAGGGCUUUUGUUUCCCUGGAAUGUGUUUGGUUUUCCUUUUGGUCUUAACUCUGUGACAGAUGACCUGAAGACUAAACGAAUGGCUCUGUGUGUUUUGGGCAUUUUAAACCGUCUGUGUCAACACAAAUGCACUGGAUUGCCUUUGACGGCGUCUCAUCAAAUGCCUUUUUCGACCCAUGCCUUCCGUCAUUUCAGUUGGACUGCAAAGUGGCAAAAGUAUUAUGAGCAACUCGCGUUCAUCCCGUUUGAUACCACGAACCACAGUCGGUCGAUGACAAUAUUUAAUAACAAAGCAGAACAAAAAAAAAUGCCCCUGAAAAGGGAGAGCGAUAUUUGCUUUGGCCGAUAUGUUUUGUCGAUUAGGGAUGGCAUUUGACUUAAAUUUCCUUUUUCUGCUCUGAGAGAAAAUGAAGGUUAAAUAAUAGAUGUACUUUAAAGUAACAUUCGAAAGGUGAUGGGAGAUUCUUCCAGCAUGUUCUGAACUCUCGUGACUGUGUAGCGUAAUUUGUCGUAGCUGGUGUUAUGUUCUUUGGAGAGCGGCACUAGUUGAGACUGAAUGAACAGCGCCUCUCGGUUUCCACCCACGAGUGCAUGGCGUUGAACCUUAAGUGUUUCUAGAGUUGUUUAAUCGGCAAUCAAUUCCACACAAUUGUCCCCAGUGCUGAUUUCAGGAAGAGCAGAAAUCCAAAUACGUACUUUUUGGUGUGUUUAUUUUUUUUAAUUAUUCGAUUUUUUUUUUUUUUUUUGGGUCUCUUCAUCCCAUUUCUGGUACUAAACAUACUAAAUGCAUACUAAAGAUGAUUGUAUUGCAGCUGUUAGGAACGCAUUUUCUUUCAAUUUGUCGUCAUUUGCUUCAUCUGCUGGCCGUGAUAACUGCUAGUCAGGUGGCACAGUUGCACACAUUAGGUAACCAGAUGGGUGAUGUGGACUGAGACUUGUUUGACUCACCCCCGCCCACCCCCCACCCCUCCUUACUUACGAUUGAUUACAAUUGACACAGACUCCGGUCCAGAGGAGUCAUUGCUGUUUAGCUGUGAUGAAAUUCACCUUUUAUUAUUCUCUUGGGUUCUGAAUAUAUUGGUCCAUCAUUUGUUUGCGAUCUCAGGAUCUGAGCUUGAAGCAGCAAGCAAAAUUGAUGAACCAAUCACAAUUCAGCAGGAUAACUAGAAUUAGUUUUUGUUGGUGGUGUUGCUUUUUUUAAUGGAUGGGAUGUUCCAUGAAAUUUGAUUCCCUUUUUAACCUUAAUCCCACAGCACUUAAUUAGUCAAGCACGCACUUUCGUACAUUCAGGUUCUAAGUGUGCAAAAUGGAGCAGCUGUAAUGUAUGUACUUAUGUUUACAUGCAUGUGUGUUGCUGCUGAAUUACAGGAAUGGUCGGCUAGUUGUUGACUUAGUGCAUUGCAUUGAUUAGCAAAUAGUGUCCCCGAUCAUUCGAGGCACUGUGCACUGCCCACUGGCUUUUCAAAGUGUGUGUGUGUGUGUGUGUGUGUGUGUGUGUGUGUGUGUGUGUGUGAGAGAGAGAGAGAGAGAGAGAGAGAGAGAGAGAGAGAGAAUUCUCCUAGUGUCUGCACCUUCUUCCCCCAUCUGCAGGCCCGAGACAUUUGGAGUAAAGUGUGCCAAUACGACACACACCAUGAGCGGCCUCUUUAAAAACACCACACACACACUGGCUAUUUGUAGGUGCUUGUCCGUUCUGGCAGGGAUGAUCCCCACCCCCCACCCCUCUAAUGAUGUCUAAAUGUGACCAGUAAACGGAGUUGCCUCCCUGCAAGUAUACAAUCUUUUUGUUUGGGAGCUAGUGUUCUUGUACAUGAUUUAUCUAUGCGCGUGGAUGUGUUUUUGCGCGAGUGUGUGUGUGUGUCUGUGUGUGUCAGUCAGUAAUAAUAAGUGCAUGUUGAUUUAGAAAAAAAAAAGGUGGUUGGUCCAAUUGUAGCAAUAGUGUGAGUGUGUGAUUGAGUGCAGCCCAAACAUUGCCAUCCGCUUCAGCCAAGUCAUAGAUGCCAGUGGUAAGACUUAAAAUACAUUUAUGUGGGUUUCAGUGCAUUCCCAACUUUUGCCAGAACUUGCAUAAGGAGGAUGGGGAAGCCUCUCACGACAGCACCAAUUGAUUUAUGCAUUCAUUCAGGCAGUUUACAGUCUGACCAUUCAAUCUGAGCCAUGACUGAUAAUGGAUGUCAGGUCGGGGGGUUUUCCCCUCAAGCGGGAGGACUGGAAGUAGUGGGAAAUGCCUGGUAGCAUGUACUGUAAACCUCUUGUUUUAGAGUGUGUGUUGUGAUCUACCGUGCACUGAGGAGCUGCAUUGAAGUCAUUUAUUGCUUCCAUUGAAUUUUAGUGCAGCCAACAAUGGAUACGUGGGACAAUUUGACAUUGGUUUCAUAGAGAAUGCCUUAUCAAGUGGGACAAAAAGAAAACAAGACAAAGAAAGGUCUACAUAGAAUACGGUCGCCUAUAUUUGACAAAAAUGCACCUAAGGAACACCCAUUUAGUGCCAUUGAAACCUUUAUUUGCCUUUAGAUGUAACUCAUAUAGGUCAGUAACGUAUUCCCUAAUAGGCAGGAUUAUCAUAAUUAUAGCGUUCGGACUUGCAUGUCUUUGUACCAUUUAGGACUACAGUCCAAGAAAUAUUUGCAUGGGAUAUUGGGAUACUUUCGACACAAAUAGUCUGUCAGUAGGGUUUUAUAAUUGGGCAACAUAGUUUUGAUAUGAGCAGAGCAAUCCCAUGGUUGUUUGUUUAGCAAGGUGUGUAUGUGCUGUGUGUCCGAAUUUAUUUGUUGAUGUCAUAACAAUUUGGAGGGGGGGAGGGGGAAUGGUAUUUUCAGAAUUAGUUUACCUCUAUGGAUGUCUCGGUUCUUACUUGAAACAUUGCUGAUGAUAUACAAUGACAACAGAAAAAAAACGGCAAAUUUCGAUUCAACUUUGAUCCAUUGUUGAGCCUUUUGCCUUAAAAAGCAUUAAAAAAAAUAAAUGUAAAUAAUUUUUUGAUCCCUGGAAAUACCUGACACAUUGCAUCGCCUCUAUGUGGUCACAACCGACGAGACAGCUAAAAAAAUAAAUAAAUAAAAUUAAAAAAAAAGCAACGUUGGUCUUUGGGUGUCAAGAAGCACACAAAUUUGUCGCGGUAGCACAGAGCUGAAGGUUGCCAUGGCAAAGAGAUUGUCCCGACAGGAGGAUAACGCCAUAUUUGCCACUGUGAAUGAAUUGAGUCAGACUUUACUUGGAAACAAUCAACCUAGGCUUGUCCGUUACGGCCACCGGGGCUUCAAAGUGGUGCUCCUCACAUUAUUCACUCAGAAAGAAAAUAUAGUAAUAAAGAAAUGACUAUUUUAGAUUAGGAGAAACAAAAAAGUGCAGCUCCACGAAGGAGUCCAUCUCUCCAUGAGUUGUGUAAUUCUGCUUAAACCAGCCUAAAUGGGAAAUGUAUAUUAGCGGAAUUGUCACUAGCUUGCGUUUUCUACUUUUACCAAGUCGCUCCCUGCUGCACCUUGUCGUCGUACUUUUUAUUGGACCUGCAGUUUUACCUCAUCCUGUGUGUGACGAAGCUUGCUAUAACUAACCUUUUGCGACCCCCCCCCCCCCGCUUUUUUAUUUUAUUUUAUUUUUUUUAAAGAAAGGAUAAAAAGUCAAGAAUGUUUUUGCCAUGACAGUCACCAUUCAUUUACUGGUGCAUGUCAUACAAGAUAAUGGGUGCUGUCUAACUGUAGGAAGGUAGCUAUUUGAUUUUACCAAUUUCUCUCCCAUGCCUUGAAGACUUGGUCAUUAGCCAUGACUCCACAUUCCUUUCCCCUCCAUAUCAGUAGGACCUGUGUACUAUCAAGCACAGUGAUGGCACGGUGCCUUUUAUUUGUUACUACCGAAAGGUACGGUCUUCCAUUUGUAUUUCCCGGAAGCCUUAUACAAUGGGGAAAAUGGUAUUUCGAUCAGCAUCCAGCCCUCACAAUUUAUCCUCUGCGAUCGGAUUCUUUUGGUUUUGGCCACUCUUCGGUGAUGAGGGUGGCGUCAAUUGCACAUUUGUGACAGUUUUUCAGGCACAUCCAGCAUGUGAAUGGAUUGGGAUCAAACGAUAUGAAAGCACAAAUCCAAAGAAGGCACCACAAAGCUCUGUUCACGCUCCCAAAACCUCGUGUGAGGGAGCCUCAAGGACAUAUUUCGGUACAGAUGAGGUUUGACUAUUGGAUGCAGUAUUACCCCGGCCUUGACCACCUUGACCGGUACCGGGCUUGUAGCAAAACAGACACCUUCGGGGGUGGAAAAAAAGCCCUCUUGAUAAAACGACCUUCCAAAAUUAAACGAAAGCAUCACCCACACCCUUCAGAGUGUUUGUUACACUGAUGCUCGAUGACGUUGAGCAGUCGGGCGACCACCCGACAAAUCGGUGCAUCCCAAGCUUGACUGUCAGUCACACAAACUGUAGAAAGACAACCGUGUGGAUUCUCUGAGCUGCUUCAGGGCCUCCUCAAAUUCUUCGGUAUCCUUUGACGAUUGUGCGGCUUCGCGGCACGAAGCAGAGUCACGUCAUUUGUUGUGUUUGCGAACCGAUUGUUGAUUUGUGUGUCAUUUAGGCUAGGGCGAGUACAAGUAGGGUUGCAGUAGUAGCCAGUGUGCAGUGUUAAUAGCUGUGUGAAUCGUACUCUAGAAGUGACGUAACGUGUCGUCUUAACCGAGGCAUGAAUCUUCUUCAACUGACCUCGUUUGGAAAUAGACAAAAGAUCAAAGUGCAAUAACCUUUUGUUUAUCGUUGCUUCCUCUGUGGAUUUAUUUAAUAUGCUUUUAAGUUGAACACCAAAAGUCACUUCAGCUGUAGCAAAUAAAGGAUUUCCUCUUGUUUGUGUUCAGAGCGGUGGCGUUUGACUGUGGAGUGCGUAUGUGCUAUUUCGUUCUGAAAACUGUGAUCCAGCUUUGACGCGCCGCCUGCUUGGAGGAAGCACUUUGUACAAGUUGGCUGGUAGACAGGAUGGGGAGGUGUGCGUGCGUGCGUGUGUCCUCAUGGUAGACACUAUUGUACUUUGGAAUCUUUUAUUCCCCCACUUCCCGUUUCUAGCUGGUAGACAUGUUCCUUUGCAUGUGUAAAUGUAUAUGCAUCUUCCUCCUUGAAUGAAACAUUUCUCCCCCCCAAAAAAACAAAAAAAUAAUGAAAAAAAGAUGUUCAGUCCUGCUGUCUGUGAUAUAUGCGGAUAAAAGGAGUAUUGAAAAUGCCUUAUUUGUGUUAAAUGUUGAGCAUUAAGAGUUCUUGCGUGUUCCUCCCUUUUCAGCGUGUAGCCUAAAGCUUGUACAGUCCAACUCUUGAGAUUUCUAUCUACUGUAUAGCCUACUGUAAGUGUUUCCACACUUUAUUACCUAGAGUUGAUUGUCCUUUUUUAAUUUUUUUUUUCCGAGAAACAUUCCCCUCGAAAGUGCCGUUUGUUUUCACCAGCAGAGGAGCAGUGUCUUUUGGGGGAAGUGAAGAAGGAACACUUCGCUUGCAUUCAUUGUUGAACCGACAAUGACAACUGAGGCUGGAUUUACAUUGCAUAGUGUCACACAAUUACAUUUUUUUUUUAAUGUAUGACUACUUUGAAUGUGUCUUGGCAUCGCAAAUCAAAAAAAAAAAAAUUUACAUGGAAUCGAAUCUCCUGAGAUCAGAUAUGGGCAUUUAACUCAAUUUCCUUGAUUGACAAUGGGGGGAAAAAUAGCAAUUCAUUCAUUGCUAUUCAUCCAUCCAUACAUUUUCUAUGCCACUUAAUCCUCAUGAGGGUCAUGGGCGAGCUGAAGUCCCAGCUGAUGUCACGCUUGGACUCGUUGCCAGCCAAUCGCCGGGCACAUAUAGAAACCAACCAUUGACCACUCCCACUCGCAUUCCCGCCUUCAUUCAGGAUUAUUGUUAAUUCAUGCAUGUUCUGAGCUACUGUUUGAUGCCUUUGCGCUCUUGAGCCGAGUAAAGCUGCCCAGAGGAGUUAUGUGGAUGUAGCUCAACGUCCCAUAGCUAAUGUGAUCAUCUUCUUCUCCAGGCUACAAACUAUAGUUGAGUGAAUCAACCUCUGCUGUUUGCAGCCAAAUGGUGCACUCUGUUUUGCCCGCAAAUACAUUUCGAAACAUUAAAUCAACGAUUAGUUUCGCACGGUCACCACGUUGUGCCCGUCACCAAUUCUCAUCCAAAUCAUAUCUGAUAUGAAUGGUAUAUCUGCCAAUAAUUAAGAGUCGAUCAGAUCGAAUCGAGCCAAGCAGUGUCCAAGUAUGCCAAUUAACACAACCACGGCAAAUCACAUUUACAGUGAAAGCUCAAAAGUGCACUGGAUACAAGCAUACAUUGGCAUUGACCCCUUGCAAUGUAAAUCCAGCCUGAUAGAAAUAAGGCCGCGAGGAUUAUUUUUGUGUUUUUAAUUUUCAACCUUUUUACUGCGUGAUGGAAGUCCUCACCGUGCUUGAUUCCUCUCUAAAGCAGAGCCAUAAUGGAGAAGUUGUCCCACAGGAGCCCCCCUUGAAUGUGUUAUGAGGAAUAGCCUACUGUAGGAAAGGAUGUAUACUUGCAUGUCCUGUGACAUUUUCGAAGCGAUUGUCCGUCUUUGUUUUGUUUCUUGGUUUUGUUUAGUCACUGUAGAUGUUGCCACCUCAUCGAUGCUCACGAGCUAUUAACAAUCCUCACAACUGGACUUGAAGCAGGCGCCGAUCGGCUGCUAAGGCAGCCUUAAGUCGAAGACGAACCAGGUAGAAGAUAGGUUGCCUGUUUUUACCUGGAGUGGCUUAUCUGGGGACAUACAAGGGAGCCCUUAUCAGGAGUGGAAGGACUCUGAAUCAGGGCAAUGUGAUGAGUUACAAUCAGCUAAUUUCACAGUGCACCUUCGCAUUGAAGAAUUGUACCCAAAAGAAAAGUUGGCGCAUUCACCCAACAUUCCAAAGUGGGACUCCAUAUUCCGCGGUCCUGUCUGUCUGAAGAGGCUUGUUGUUUUGCUUUACGGGUGAAUGAAGUGGGCUCGUGCGCGCCCGUGUGCUUGUGUGCCUGCGUCAAUGACAGGGUUCCCUAGAUUACCUCAUUUACAAAAUCUGCAAAUCUACUUUGUUCUACUGUGCGCUAAAGGAGUCAAUGCCAUCACCAGCAGCAAGACCUGUGAUGACAAACAGGACCCAACCGAUGAGUUGAAAUUAAGAGCAUUAGAAACUGAGAGACUCGUAAAGACGAGCUUUGGUAUGGUUUGUGUUUCUUUGGAGGCUGAGUGAAUUGGCACAGCAGCUCAUCGCGUCGAGUCCAGCCCUUGCAGAAUUUUUUUGAGAACCCAAAUGUUCAGCGGGGGACAUCCCGAUAGUUGUUGAGGGUCUUUACCUGAUUGAGAAUUUUUUUACUCUCCCCACACCCCACCACCGUCGUUCGGAAUGAGUCUUUUACUCUCACUUUUCAAUUGUCAGUUGACAAAUUCAGACAGUGGUCAAAAGUACGCAGGACAAAACCCGCUGCAGCACUGCUGUUCUGAGUAAACAUAUCGAAUGUAACAACGUUGGGGGGAAAUAAUUUUUCCUGAUGUUGGCGAGCAAAACGUUGUGGAGUUAGGUCAGUUAAACCCAUCAGUUAUAUAUAUUAUUUGAAUGAAGAUCACAGUAAUUAUUUGGCUGUGUUGUUCUUCAGUAAAUACAAAAAAAAGCCAAAAAUUCUAAUUCAUGCUUUACAUUGGGUAGCAAAGAUAUAAUCCGUUUUAUGAGGAAGCAGCUUAGAACACACCAUUUUUUUUUUGUUUGCUUUGUUUUUUCCUUGCAUUCAUUUAGCUUUGAUGUACUUGAAACUAGCGCACUUCAGAUUCGAUCGGCCCAUAGUGUCAACGUUUUUUUCCAAACUUGACAGCUGAACCGACUCUUCGAGACGAGCUGCCGUACUACAAGUCCACUCGCCACCUGGUGGAUUGAAGCGAACCGCGGCGUUUGCAAUACUUGCUGUUCUCCGUAGCAUUUCUCCUACCUCCUUGUUUUUGCAGCUUUGACUAUGGUUUUGUCUCUCCACUUUGUUCCGACUAGAAGAGCUCGCCGGUAUGGGAAUAAAAUCCGAUUUUAUCCUAAGCAAUGGUAGUUUCAAAGAAUUGUGUUUGUGCGUCUAGGGGAAUUAUGAGAAGCAUUUAUACGACUAAACACAACUGGAAUGUGAAGCCAGACAAUGUUACGAUGCAGAUUAUGAUGAUAGUCCCCUUUAACAUUUAAGUAGCGCACAGCUGAGUCAUCUUGUAGAAAAUCGGUAACCACAUAUUGGCUUUUAUUUCCUCCGCAAUCACAUUUUUUUUGUCUCUGGCUGUAACUGUAACUUCGUUCUGGAACAGUGUUGAUUUCCCGGGACAGUGGAAGAGGGUGGAUUUGUGAUUCGGCGCCAAAGGCGACACCUUGAGCGCCCUCUGUGCCGUUUGCCUUUUGAAUCCAUCCGCCCACUCUGCCGUCUUACAGAAACCAUAUUGUGCUCAGUCAGUGUCCUGUCCUGCCCAGUUCCAACACACUGCGUUCAGUUUGAUGGCGAGGCGGACAGGACGAGGUUUGAGGUUCAAAUCCCGCCCUUCCAACCUUAUGCAUCUGCUCCCGUUGUAGGACAGGACCAAUCCGCCCCCAUUUGCCCCCCACUCUCACCCAGCCCGCUGCCUCACCUCACCCCUCAACCAGUUCAUAUUUUUCUCUCUUUAGUUUAUUCGACAAUGCAAUCCUGAAAGCACUUUGCCUUGUUAUUCCUUUGUGUGAACAUCUGAAUGAUGAUUUGUUACAAAAAGAAAAUGUUAAAUAUGUAAAUUAUCAUUCACUGUUUUGGAAAAACCUGCAUUUGUCUUUCUGACAUUAAAAGAAAAAAAAACAAUUUAGUGACAUUCAAACCUAUGAAUCUAUUUUAUAAAAUGUUUGCUGCAGCCAAUUGGUCUUGUCAUUCAGUAUUGUGGCUUAGGGUUGUUUGUGUUGAAUAAAGUGCUAUUGCUAAAUAUUUA